AAAUGCAGCAUUCAUUUGUUGCUGCCGCUCCCAAUUUUGGGCCUUGUUCAAAAUUGACUACAUUAGCCUAGCCUUGAAAGCUAACGUUACAGAUUCCCUGAAAUGAUUGAGUCUGACUUUUUGCACUACAUUUGGAAUUGUGCGUGUUCAUUAAAGCAAUUGCAUUAUGUUGUAGUAAUAUGUGAGGAAAACUACAAUGCUUUUCAAAGUGCAGUACCGAGGAAAGAAGAAGUACAUCAAACUCAAUGGAGCAUCAUAUCCAGAGUUUCUCAAGGAGGCUAAAGAGAAGUUCAGCAUACCCCCCGAGACAAACAUGUAUGUGCUGGAUGACAGUGGAACAGAGGUUGACGAAGAGGUCUUCAGCGACAUCCUGGAGGAAAAAGGAGACAUCGUGUGGACCAUUGUUAAUGUUCUUUCAGUUUCUGACUCUCCGAUCCAAUCCUCAUGCACAGACACCUUGUCACUAUCAUCACCCUCAUCGGACAGUGAUGCUUCUCUGAUGUCCCCAAAAAGACAGCGCAUUGAUGACGCCUUUGUGAUGUCCCCAAAAAGUCUACAUACUGAUGACAGUUCUUCACAAGCCAAAGAGCUUGUCAAAAGAAUUCUUGAACAAAAGCCUGGAGGGGAGAAAAUCCUUGCAAAAUAUGCAAUGACAGGAGAGAUGAAGGACCGAGCACGCCGUGAACUAGUCGGCAUUGUUGUUGCUGAAAUGUUUGAAAAGUAUGGACGUGCUCCCCCUAUGGAUAAAAGAGCACAGUAUGCGUUGGGGAUAGUAACACUGUUCCCCUCUCUAAAAGAUCCCUACUCCAAAAAAGGCUAUGAACACUUUUUUGACAUAGACAGCAAUGAGGGCUACAUUGCCUGGAAGAUUAAAAACACACAGCGAGAUCUCAGCAAUGGCGGUACCAAUGGCUGUAGGAGAAGGAGCUCUCACACUACAGGCAGCAGUGGACCAAACUUGGAGAGAGAAGGGACUAAAGUGCAGCAGUUGGAGGGAGACCAGUGUCGUGAGGCCAUAUCUCUACUGAAACACAGCACAGACAACGAACAGAUCUUCAUGAAAAUGAGAGAAACCUUCCAGCACAGGCAAAAGUUGAUCCAUGAUCCUGAGCAAUGCAGCACAGUGCUUACUGUGUUCCCAAGGUUUCUUGACACAAAAGGCCUGGUGGCGCAAGACUUUGACCUGUUGUUUGGAGCUGAGACUUCAUCAAAACUCCUUGAGAAAUGGGAUUUCCUGAAGGCCAAAGUAAUAAAGCAAGCCAAGAACAUCAGCAAGACACCCCUGCUUGACCACCUUAUCCAGUCUGCAGAGGAGAACACUGAUGAGGAUGACGAGGUCCCAGUUUGGGAUAGUGACAUGGCCUCACGGUUACUGCUGGUCUACCUACUGCCACCACCUCCAAGUGGAAAGAAGGGAGCUGUAAAGAUCAGUACCCGGGAAGCUGUGGACCAUGUAGUUAAAUUUCAUAAGUCAUGUCGCAGCCUUCAGGAGCACUCUGGUCCAAACCAGCGACGACAGCCCUACAUCCUGGCAGUUGGGACGACAAGAAAGCACUUUCUACAUUGCAUUGGAUGGUGAUCUCCUUCCCUGCAAG